AUGGUCGGACUACACCAAGUACCUGAGGGUCUUCACUACUCAUUCACGGGCCCAACUGUGGAGAAACAAGCACAAGGCGGAUUCAAAGUCUCGGGGGAUUGCUCGUUCCCACAACCAAAAGACUUGACCGGUCAGGGGAUACAGGACAGCGGCGAGAUUCAGCAGAUUCGAUCUGUGCUUGAUGGCCAUGGAAGGCAGCGUUGGAAGCAAGCAGUUCCACUCUUGGUCCUGGCAUGGGCCAUCCUAUUAAAAGAAUACAAUCGAUCUGAAACGCUGCUGCUCUCAGUUUAUGAAAACGAGAAAUGCAUGUGGCAGAUUCCAUUCGAGUUGCAGCCAGAAUCCUCAAUUGAGUCAUCCCUAGAGCAAGCAGCAGAAUUUCUCGGAUUUUCAAGUGAUCCUGUCAAAUCAGAAGCCCACACGACAGGAAACGAACGACACACUUCCCAUGUGACACUGUGCAUCAUUGACUGCCCCUAUCAAUAUCCGAAGAAAUGUGGUAACCUCAAACUCCACCCUCAGGAAGCUCUUCGAUUAGUAUGCCAGCAGCAGACAGAUGCAACCAUAGAUGCCCGUGUAUACUAUGAUACUACAAGAUGUAUGGAGGAGCAGGCGCAACGGUUUUUAGCCCAAUACAAAACCAUUUUACAACAUCUCAUGCGGCAAGAUCGCGCUCGGUCCCUCCGGGAUAUUGAAAUGAUCAGUGUUCAGGACAAGGACGCCCUAAUGCAGUGGAACUCGGAUCAGAUCAUGGUGUCGCAAGAUCGGCUGCACGAGUUAUUUCAAGCCAGGACUUGUGAAAGACCCAACCAGCCCGCGGCUGUGACCACUGAAGGGUGUUUGACAUAUGCACAAUUGGAUAAGCUAUCUUCCAUUCUGGCUGCGACCUUGGUUGAGCGCGGCAUUGGUAGGGGAGCAAUCGUCCCCAUCCUGUUUGAGAAGUCACUUUGGGCUAUUGUCAGUAUAUUGGCCAUCUUGAAAGCCGGAGCGGCGAGCACAUCAAUAUGUGCGAGCCAUCCAAAUCUCUAUAUUGCGAAAGUGGUGGAACAGACAAAGUCCACGGUGGUGCUGACCUCGGAGACUGAAUAUGAUCGAUUGGCGCGCGUAAAGGGCGUCGAUUGCAUGGUUAUCUCAGAGGCAACGCUGGGAUUACUGCCUCAGCCAUCAGCCAGCUGGCAGUUCCCGAGAGGUGAUAAAGAAGAUAUUGCAUGCGUUCUCUUCACGUCUGGUAGCACAGGUCAGCCCAAGGGCGUUCUGUUAAGUCACCGAGCCAUUGCCACAACGAUGGAUCACCAUGGCAGGGCUACGGGAAUCAAGAGAUCACCCAGAACCCUGCAGUUUUCAUCGUAUGCAUUUGAUAUGGCCAUUUAUGAAAUAUUCCAUGCGCUGGUGAGAGGAGGAACAGUGUAUACCCCGUCCGAGGAGGAAAGGCUACAUGACCUUCCCUCUUUCAUUACAAAACACCAAACGACAUGGGCCUUCAUCACGCCCACAAUGCUCAGAACAUUUAGUCCCUCGCAAUUUCCAACUAUGGAGACCAUUGUUGUUGGCGGAGAGGCGGUUGGUAAUGACCUGGUCCAAACAUGGGGGGAUCGGCUGUAUAAUGGCUUUGGGCCGGCCGAAGUGAGCAUAUGUGUGUCAACUCGAAUGGACCCACGGCGUUGGGUCGAUGGCACAAUAGGCCGGCCAGUUGGGUGCAUUGGGUGGAUAGUGAACCCGAAUGACAUGAACACUCUGACCCCAAUUGGAGGAAUAGGGGAACUUCUUGUGGAAGGACCCAUUGUUGCUCACGGAUACUUAAACGAGCAAGAGAAGACUGAGCAAGUCUUUGUUUCAGCGCCUAGUUGGAGGUCCACUUUCCCCAUCCCACACCGCGGCGCUUUCUUCAGGACCAGCGACUUGGUCCAAUUCAACUGGGACGGCUCAAUGCGAUAUUUGGGCCGAAAAGACACUGUGCGGAAAAUAAAUGGCCAACGAAUAGACAUCGAAAGCAUUGAGGUCACUCUGCGACAGAUGGAGACAAACUUGGAUGUUUCGGUGGAUGUCUUGCCCUCACCCGGCCCGCACCAUCAAGAAAUUGUCAUCGCCUUCGUGGCGGGAAGAUCCACAAAGAUUGAUGGAUUGAAAGUGACCUCAGUGUGUAAAGACAGUGCACAUGUAGAAAUGAGGCGUCAUGACCGAGAAGAUGCGAUCCGUGAUGAGAUGGGGCGCCGUCUGCCUCGUUAUAUGAUUCCGACAUUUUUGAUUGAGCUACCAGUUCUACCAAAGACAGCGACUGGCAAGGUCGACCGGAAACAGCUCGCCGAUAUGUUUACCGGGAGAGCGAAAUCCGAGAUGACGAAACUCGUUAAGUCGAAGGCGAAUGGGAACCCCAAAAGAAGGGCGAUGUCCGCCGCCGAAUAUCAACUGGCAUCUCUUGUUCAGGAGACUCUGGGGUUAGAAGCGACAGAUCUCGAUAUGAAUAGCGCCUUUGUGCACAUGGGUGGAGAUUCUUUAGCCGCCGUGAGACUCGUCAGUCGCGCUCGAAAGGCAGGAAUAUCUCUAAAAGCCAUGGAUCUUUUGCGACACGACCUGAAAUUAGCAGACCUGACGCAGGAGCUCCAGAGGGGAGAACCAAUUCCUUCAGACGUGGAAUCUAAUGUUAUUGCUCCAUUUUCCAUGCUUCCGGAAAACAAUAGUGAUCUCAUCAAGAUCCUGGAGGCGGCCCGGGGGCAAUGCGGCAUUGGGGAAGAGUCUAUUUGCGACAUCUACCCAUGUACGCCCAUCCAAGAAGGCCUAUUUUCAACCACCUCCGUUGGCUCCCGAGCUUACAUCGAUCGAUUUGUAUUAACGCUCUCUCCUGAGGUCGACCAGUCCCGGUUGGUGAGGGCUUGGAAUACGCUGAUUCGAUCCAGCGACAUACUGCGAACUCGCAUUAUCCAAACAACUAUUGGGGUAUACCAGGUCGUCAUAGAUCACCAUGAGCUUCCAAUUCCAUCCUACAAAUCUGAGGAGCAGUAUUUGGCAAGUGGCGCGACGAAGGAGAUGGGCCCCGGGACUCCUCUAGUCGUCGUCGGUCUCAUAGUACCAGAAAUGAAUUCUAGGGAAAAGGAGAAGGACCUUGGCUCGCCUAUGGCACAACUUAUGGUCAAUAUCCACCAUGCAGUCUAUGAUGGGUGGACGUGGGAAAUGAUGUUACAGGAUAUAGAGACCGCCUACCGAGGCGAAUCACUGCCUCUGCGUCGAUUCUCGGGAUUCGUUCGCUUUCUACAAGAUCGGGAUCUUCUCGGCGAACAGGAGUUUUGGCGUACAUACUGUCGCAACCUCGACGCAGCCGUCUUCCCGGAAGCCCUCGCGAUCAACCGUGCUGCCCAACUCCGCAUUCGAUUAGCCUACCUUCACCAACCCCCGCAGAAUCCCCCGCCAGGGAAGGAGGAAAAUGGCCGGUCAAACGUUCCUCCUGGCCCUGGGGUGACGCCAGCGAUCAAAGUCCAUUUGGCAUGGGCCAUCCUUAUCUCUUUGUACACCCAGUCCCCUGGCGUGGUUUAUGGGACGAUUAGCAACGGAAGGCUAUCAUCUUUGCCGGGGAUGGAAAACAUCAUGGGCCCAACAUUUGCCACCAUCCCGUUUGCACACACAAUUGAUCGAUCAAUGCGCAUUGACCAGGCACUCCAAAUGACUCAGGCAAAUAUGCAGUCUACCCUUCAGUGGGAGCAUGCAGGAUUGCACUGCAUUUCUCACGUCAGUCCCGAGGCGUCCGCAGCUUGUAUGUUCCAGACCCUGGUCGUCAUUCAGCCACCUAAGGCUUCAUUGAAGUCAGCGAUCUUUGAUUCUAUCCAAGAGCGGACGGGGGCAGACGGUUUCAUUCCGGGGUACUCGAUGAUUCUGAUCUGUACCCCCGGUGAGACAGAUCACAGUUGGGAGUUUGAGCUCCUGCUGGACGACGAAAUUGUUCCCCAGGCUCAGGGCCAGCGCAUCCUUCGUCAGCUUAGUCACCUCCUAUCCCAAUUAAAUGGGGAGCAGUCCACUCGCGUGGGCCAACUGGAUUGUUUGGGCAUAGCAGAUCAGGUGCAGUUAUGCGAGUGGCAACUACCUCCUCCUGCGCGCGUCGAUUACACUAUUCAUGGCCUUGUCAAACUUCAAUGCCAGAUCCGUCCACAAGAGCAGGGAGUUUGCUCAUGGGAUGGAUCUUUCACUUACGAUGAGGUACAGCGAUUCUCUGAUAUAGGUGCAAUCGGCCUGCGAGACAUGGGCAUCGGGACAGGGGCCAUUGUCCCUAUUUGCUUGGAACGCUCCAAGUGGGUGGUCAUCGCCAUGCUCGCUGUUAUGAAGACCGGGGCUGCGUUUGUCCUGCUGGAUCAAAAUUCAGCCUUGGAGCGAAAUCAAAGUAUAUGUAAAACCGUGACGGCGCGGUGGGUCAUAACUUCGGCUGUAUGCAUGGGGUACUGUCAGAACUUUGCGCCUCAAACCCUGCUAUUCUCUGAACAGAUGAUGCGAGGAGCAAGCAAUCAAUCAUCUUCUCCGCAGGAUGACCUAGAUACUGGCUAUCACUCCGACCUGCUCUACGUCGUCUUUACUUCCGGGUCAACCGGGAAUCCUAAGGGCGUAGAGAUUGAGCACGGGUCCUACUGCUCCGCGAUGAUUGCCCAACGUGAGAAACUCUAUAUCCGAGCAGGCUCCCGUGUCUUACAACUGUCGUCGUAUGCAUUUGACUCCUUUGCUGUCGAGAUUCUCACAACUUUGUCUAGCGGCGGCUGUGUGUGCAUCCCGUCCGCCGAAGAGCUAGCCAGGGGCAUUGGCUCGGCCAUUCGACAAUACCGAGCCGAAUGGAUGUGCGCUACUCCAUCCAUGCUUCGGCUUAUUACGCCAGCCGAUGUCCCCAGCUUGAAGACUGUGGUCGCCGUGGGAGAGACGCUGCUACCAUCGCAGGUCGCAGUAUGGGCACCCGCAGUCACAUUAUUGUGUGGUUAUGGGCCCUCUGAAUGCUGCACGGGGGCAACAGUUCACACCAUACGCGGUGUGUCCGUUGAUCCUCGCAUUAUUGGGACAGGAAUGGGAUGUUCGCUCUGGGUGGUGGACCAGUACGACCACAAUCGAUUGAUGCCGAUCGGGGCGAUCGGAGAGUUAAUUCUCCAAGGACGCAUUGUUGGCCGUGGCUAUCUGAAUGAGCCGGAAAAGUCUCGUGUUGUGUUCCUUGAUCGAACUCAAUGGUCCACUAACAUGGACUCAUUCUCCGGGGAGCGAUUAUACAAGACAGGAGACCUCGUACGGAUCAAUCCCGAUGGCACCUGCCUAUUUCUUGGUCGCAAAGACCACCAAGUGAAAUUACGUGGCCAGCGCCUGAACCUAAUGGAUGUUGAGCACCACCUCACAGAAACACUCGGGUCCCAGUUCACCACGAUUAUGGCAGACAUUAUCAAACCGAGAACAGAGGAAAUUGAUGGAGAUACCCAUCAUAUGCUGGUGGCAAUGGUCGAAACGGCGGACGAGGGAAUGUUCGACACGUCCAUCUCUCAUGCUCAGACUGAUGGCGGAUUUUUAUUUGUUCCCCCCAGUUCUCGAUUCGUGCAGAUGGUCAGCAAAGUCGAGCAGGAGCUCUCAAAUGCGUUGCCGGCAGUCAUGAUUCCCUCGCUGUGGCUUCUCGCCCGCCAAAUGCCACUCACCGUUUCUGGCAAGGCUGAUCGACGACAGAUUCGAGCCGCGGCCGCAUCGCUAACGCCCGAGGCACUUCUAACUUUCGGGUGUUCCGGUGCUCAGGCAAGCGAUGUCCCGUUGGCAUCAACAGAAACCACUGCGUGGAUAGUGUCUGAAGUAAUGGCCGACGUUCUUCAUUCGCGGUUGAAACUAGACAGAAACCGUGUGGUGGGGAAGAAUGUUACCCUUUCUCGUGUUGGUCUAGACUCUAUCGAUAUGAUGGCUAUCUCCGUGGCUAUCUCCAGCCGCUUUGACGUUUGUUUGCCGAUGGCACCUCUGUUCCGAUCCGGCUUAACUGUUCGCGAUGUGGCUCUCAUGAUUUCGAUGCCGCCUACCACGCAAGGCAUGGAGCAAGAGCCGCCGCUGACAAUGGAUCUUUGGUCGGAGUAUCACAUAAUACGGGAGAGAAUACGUGCCAUCUGCGUGCAUUCGCGGAAAUUGGCGAAUUCCAGUCUCAGUGGACGUUCCAACGGGAAGGGCCUUGCCGUUGGCCGCGUCCUGCUAACAGGUGGCACCGGCUUUCUCGGGACCCAUAUCUUAAAAGCACUGCUGGAAGAUCCUCGAGUGCAGUUGGUCACGGUGCUCGUUCGUGCUGAAUCGGACAAGGCGGCAAUCAGGCGUGUCGUCCAAGCCGCUCAUGGUGCAGGCUGGUGGAGAGAAUCGUAUCGAAAUCGGGUCCGGACAUGGUUAGGAUGUCUAUCUCAGCCCUGUUUGGGUUUGUCCGAAAGUCUGUGGAAGGUCCUCUGCGGCCUUGACCACUCAGGUGAUGGAUUCGACACUGUGAUUCAUAACGGUGCCUGGGUUCAUUGGGGUCAGGAAUACCACACACUCCAGUCCGUCAACACAGGAAGCACCAUCAACCUCUUGGGUGCGCUAACGCAGCUGACCUAUCCUGUGGCUUUUACUUACGUAUCGGCCCUCCUGCCCGGUUCCUCGACUGUGGAUGACGAUCAAAACGUGGCCAAGCUACUUUCCACUUCCGAUGGAUAUAGUCAAAGUAAAUUCAUGUCGGAACUCGCUAUUAAAGAGUUUCAACGAGACCCGGUGUGUAAGCAUAUCCAUAUGAACAUCAUUCGGCCAGGUUGGAUAAUCGGAUCCACGGACAACGGGAUAGCGAAUGUGAGCGAUUAUCUUUGGCGCGUGGUGGGCUCUGCUGUGGCCUGUGGGCUUUAUAACAAUGAAGAGGACUCCAACUCAUGGAUCUUCAUCUCUCCCGUGGACCUAGUUGCAGGGCUGAUCACCAGUCAAACUCUGGAUGGAUAUCGAGAUAAAAUUGGUCUUAAUGAUGGUCCCCAGUCUGUCCAGAUCACGUCCAUCACGGAUGGCCUUGCCGCCCCUGACUUUUGGCGCGCGGUGUCGACAGCGUGCCACCAGACUUUUGGCAGUCCUCUUCAACCUUGCCAAGGAAUCAACUGGUUACAUCGGAUGAAAGGAAGCAUGAUGGCGAUAGGGGGUGAGCAUCUGCUAUGGCCUGUGUUUGAAUUUUUAGAAUCCAACAAUGGCCGUUUGGGGUCCUAUGCCGAUCCCAUCGAAACCUCCGCCACGCUGCGAAGUCUCCUGUUCCGCUCAGUCAUCCAAAACGUACAGCAUAUUUGCUCUACAGGAUCUAUUGAGAUCGAGAGUGGUCUGAUGCUGUCGUCAUCUAACAUAUUCAGCCGGAGACCCAACUAG